UCCCUUAAAAUCCUUUAUUUGUGUCGUCGGGAGAGACUGACUGAGGGAAUAAGAUGUUGAUAUUUUUUUUCAUGCUUGUCCCUCUCUUUAUUGUCCAGUCAAGAAGCAGUUCUCUUGAAUCUUGUGUCUGAUGAGUUCUCUGAGCCAAGUGGUAGAUCUAACUGGUCAAUUUAUUUCUCUACCUCUGUAAACUGAGAUUCAUUGUGGGAAAUUGAACUGUUACUGUUGUCCACAAGUGUGAACUGUACUUCAAGGGUGGUAUUAAGGUUGAAAAUUCUGAGACAGCAGUGAGGAUUUCAGACAACCAGACGGUCAUGGCAGACUCACAGUUAACAUUUGGUGGAGAAUCUGGCAUGAGAGAGGAAUGUGGUCUUUUUGGUAUUGUUGCAACAGGCACAUGGCCAUCAGAUAUCAAUUUGUCUCAUCUGAUUCAUCUUGGCUUGGUUGGUUUACAACAUAGAGGGCAAGAGAGUGCUGGCAUAGUCACAACAUCAGGUGACGCAGGGGACAAGUUUAUUACAAAGAAAGCUAUGGGUCUUGUAAACUCGUCAUUUACUGAAGAUGAUAUUAGGCAACUGAAAGGCAACCUUGGUAUAGGUCAUGUGAGGUACUCCACACAAGGUCUGUCAGAAGCAGCAAACAUACAGCCAUUUGUGGUUGAGAGUCUCCAUGGUCUAAUUGCUGUAGCUCAUAAUGGUGAGCUUGUUAAUGCACAGCAGCUGAGACAGAAGCUUCUGAGGCAUGGUGUUGGUUUAUCCAGUGGCUCGGACAGUGAGCUCAUCACACAGCUGCUCACUCACACUCCUGACUGUGGGGAGCCCAACGGGGCCAACUGGGUGGGCAGGAUAAAGAAGAUGAUGGAGCACACAGUGGCGUCAUAUUCUGUGGUCAUCAUGCACAAAGAUCACAUCUGGGCCGUCAGAGAUCCAUUUGGUAACAGACCGUUGUGCAUUGGAAAACUUCUCCCAGCUGAUGCUUUUACAGUUUUUGCUAAAGGAUCAGGAAAGAGAGAAACCGACCCCAAUGAGUGUGAUGCCUGGGUGGUCGCAUCAGAAUCCUGCACGUUUCAUCCCAUGGGCGCCAGAUAUGUCCGUGAUAUCUUACCAGGUGAAAUUGUUGAAGUGAAUAAAAACGGCAUUUUCUCCCGAUGCAUAGUUCCCAGACCUGAGGCAAAGCUGCCAGCGUUUUGUAUAUUUGAAUAUGUCUACUUUGCUCGUCCAGACACUGUGUUUGAAGGGCAAAUGGUGGCUGCUGUGAGACGUCGAUGUGGCCGAGAGCUGGCCAAGGAGUGGCCCAUUUCGGUGGAUCUGGUCAGCACUGUGCCCGAGUCAGCAACCCCAGCAGCAAUGGAGUAUGCCAAUACUUUGGGUAUUCCUUACAUGGAAGUCUUGUGCAAGAACAGAUAUGUUGGAAGAACAUUCAUUCAACCUUGCUCCAGACUCCGUAAGCUUGGGGUUGUGAAGAAAUUUGGACCUUUGGUAGAUAAUUUCAAUGGGAAACGCAUCGUUCUCAUAGAUGACUCCAUUGUUCGAGGAAACACCAUGGCUGCCAUUGUGGGUCUGCUCAAGCGUUGUGGAGCCAAAGAGGUUCAUAUCCGAGUGGCAUCUCCUCCAGUGAAGCACCCUUGUUACAUGGGAAUCAACAUACCAACGAAGGAAGAACUCAUCGCCAACAGAGUCCCUUUGGAGAACAUUGCUGAUGAGUUUGGAGCUGACAGUUUGAAAUACCUCUCUCUUGAUGGGCUGAAGAAAGCUGUGCGUGAAGGGAUUGCCAACAAUCAGGAGACUGGACAUUGUACUGCCUGCUUGAGUGGGGAAUAUCCUGUGGAAAAAAUUGAUUGGUAGAUGUGUGUGUGGCAGAAAAAGAACAAGAAUGUAGCGUAGCUUUCCUCAUUUCGAGUUACUCAUUUUUUUUAUUUUGUACUCCAAACUUAAAAAAAUUUUAGCCUUUUGUGGCUCUCGGUUCAGCUUUUUAAAAUUGAAUUAACAGUGUAUCAGAGCUAAUGUUUAUGUAUAUAUAUAUAAAACAUGUUUUGUUACAUAGUAUUGACUUAUGGUUUAUCUCUCUAAUAAAACUUGUGUCCAUCAAUUAAAAGAUUAAAGCACAUGCCAGUUUUUGUCUAGAAUGUGCUUUGAAAAGUCUCUGUAGGAACACAUGACAUGGGGCUGUGCGCUCAUGAGGAAAUGUAUAUUUCUGGAAAGUUCUGGCGCUGGAGAAAUUCAUCUUCAGUAAAUAUAUGACUUAUACUUUUAAAUGUUCAUGUGGUUUGUUGUUGUUUUUUAAAUGCUCAUGUUUUAAAAAAAAUGUUGUAUAUAUGUUAGGGGUCAGUGAAAAUGAGUAAUAAAGCUGAUUUGGUGAGAGGAGAAAGAAAAUUGCAUUUCGUCAGAUAAUGUGAACAUUUGCAUGUUUUCAAAAUUCAGUCCCGAUUUUUUUUUUGCUAUGGCAUGAUGAAAAAUUACUCCUUUUGUAUUCUUGAUAUAAAGUGAGAAUCUCUUACCAUUUUUUUUAGUACUUUACCAGUUCUCCGACUGUCUGCUAGUAGGAGUGAGUUUGUGCCAUUGUGUAUUCUUUCUUUCAAGCCAAAUGCUCUGCAGUAGCAAAUAUAUUUUUUAAAAUUGUUUUUAUGUGAAAGACAGCUCAUGGUAUUGCAUGUAGAUUUUGAAUAAGAAUACUGAUGUUGUCUUCAUCUAUCCAACAUCUCCUUUUGGUCUUCCUGCAUGGCUCUGUGUCGUUGUCAUAUUGUAGAAGGUGGAGGUCUUUGUGUAUUGUUCAGUGUUUCUUUCAAGAGUGGUUUUUCCAUGACGAGUUAUAAAGAUAGAAUGAAGAUACGAAGACUGUGUGCAUAGAAAUCUGUACAGUUUGGAAUUACAGUAGUACAUGAAAAAAAA